UGAAAGAUACAGUAUUUUAUUAUAUUAACAUUAAUUAUAGUAAAUGGUUUAGUUCCGAACAACAGUGAAGAGUGAGAACAGUACCUGUUUCACUCAGAGUUAAUUUCAACGUACUUUUGUAAAGCAUAAACAACAGCAGCGUCUCCUCCAUAGAGAGCUCCACAAGAACAGAAAGUCAGAAAAUCGCAUUGAAAUAGUUAAGAGCCUUGUCUAUAUAACUAAAUAGAAUUGUAAAAUAUAUAUAUAUAUUAAUUUAAUAUAAAAAUAUUUUAAACUGUAUAUAUAAUUGUAUAUACAUCUGGUGCGGAUACGGCCGCCUGUGGUGUUGUGGGGAAAGUUGCUCCGGUGCUUCUGGUUUAAGGCGGUGUACAAAAUAAUCCGGUCCCCCAUGUCCCGUGACCCCGGGCUCUGCGCAAGCGCAGAGAGGUAGGCGGAUGUGGCACCGUGCACCGUGCGUUCGGGUCUUUCCUGGAUUUCAAUGAGUUUUUAAUGAGUUUAGAACUGGACCGAGGACAGCGGACCUCCUCAGAACUGAAGCCCAAGAGAACCGCACCAAAUCCGACGUGGCUCCCGCAGAACCCCGGGGUUUGGCCCAGAACCGAGAGGUUUGGUCCCUAGAGUAUGGCGCGCUGGGGCCCUGUAUUAGUGCUGCUCCUGGCCCUGGCUUUGGCUCUGGUCCUACACCGACAGUCCGGAGUAGACCUGGGACUAGACCUAGAUUUGGACCACCUUAAGGCCCUCUUCAGAACCCCCUCAGACCAGAGACCAGACCAGGUGAAGACCCUGGAGCAAAGGGUGUCAGAGGCCUGGGAGAGCCUAAUCACUCCUCCACAGACACGGUGGAGACGAGCAGCUGUCGGGGUAAACUCAUGUGUGGACGUGGUUGUGUCGGGGGUAGCUCUGUUGGAGGCUCUGGGUUUGAAUCCUGAGUCCAGUCCUGGUCCAGUCUCGGGUCUUGAUCAUGAGGUCCUGGGCUCUUUGGAGGAUCUCAGGGACACGUUUCUGUUCUUCAUGUCUCGAGGAGCUGCAGCAGAACGUUUCUUCUCAAACCCAGAGCUGUUCCAAACCAUCGCCCUGACAGCACUACAGAUCCCUGGAGCGAAGCUGUAUGUUGGUGGAAACGCGGCUCUGAUCGGACAGAAACUGGCCUCCAGCCCUGACACUGAGGUCCUGUUGUCUGGUCCGGUUGGUCCUAAACUUCAUGAACUUUUAGAUGAGAAAAUCGUGGUUCCUCCAGAAUCACUCAGAGAAACCGAUGAGUACCACCUCAUCCUGGAGUAUCAGACAGGGGAGCACUGGGGCCCCCUGGUGGCUCCACAGGCAAACAGGUUCAUCUUCUCUCACGAUGAGGCCAACAGUCACAUGGCCCUCACCGAGGCCCUGGUCCAGAGUCUGGACCAGUUUGAACCAGAUCUCCUGGUCUUGUCAGGACUCCACAUGAUGGAGGGUCUAAGGCCUGAGGCCCGGAACCAGAGACUGGACCAGGUGGUGGCACUGUUGUCGGAGCUCUCUGUUCCUGUUCAUCUGGAGCUGGCCUCUAUGACAGACCCAGGCUUCAUGCAGCGCAUCGCCCAACAGGUUUUUCCUCUGGUCUCAUCGCUCGGUCUGAACGAGCAGGAGCUUUUGUUUCUAUCGCGCUCCAUGGGCGGGCCACACUCUGAUGUGUCAUGGUCAGAGGUGGGUGUGGCAUCUGCGGCGGCGGUGGGGGUGGCCAGUGACGUGCUGCAGUGGGUUUUGCAGCAUUUCGGAGCAGUUUCCAGUGGAUCCCUUCUGUCAAGGGUACACUUCCACUCGCUGCCAUUCCACGUGGUUGCUGUGGUGACAGGGCGUUGGGGUAACCAGGCAGCGAGCUCUGCGGCGGGAGCGCGCACAGCCAGUGCUCAGGCUUGCGGACAUGCUCACGUGCAUGCCGCCGAGGCUCAGCUGAAAGCGCCGCUAGAGUUUAACGCCAAUGACACGCACACACUCAGGCUGGACCCCGACCGGCCAAUCACAGUGUGGCACCAGCAUCAUGUGACCCUCCAUCUGUCGCCCGUGCUUGUCUGCAAGCGGCCAGUCAGGACAGUCGGUUUGGGCGAUGCCAUCUCGGCCAAUGGCCUGCUGUUCUCAGAGAUACUUCCUCCAAAAUAAACUGUAUCAAGCAAUCUGCUCACUCGCUUCCGAGUGGCAGAUAAAACCUGUUACUGACCAAUCACAGCUCUCCCCUCAGAGACCAGCCAGUCAGGCCAGGCCUUCGCUGGACCACAAUCCCUCACAAACCCCUGCUCCUCUGGACCACAGCUCCCACAAUCCCCUGCUCCUUUGAUCAGUCCUUUAUAUUUUGGGACACUUGAGAACAGGGGUCUCCAACCUUUUCCUCUGGUGAGAUUUUACAAAAUGAAAAGCUUUUGGGUGUUACACAAAAUUGAGACAAUAUAAAGAUAACAACUAUAGCUUUAGUUGGGGUGUAUUUAGAUGCCUAUAAACAUAACCCUUAAACCAAUAUAUCAGUGCACAAAAUUUGACAUUUAAAACUUACACUAUGAUAACAGGCAUGUGAUUAAUUGGAUUUAAAUUACUCAGUGUAAUAUGUAUAAAUCUUUUAGAGAGCUGCUUAGAAUGGGGCGGAGAGCUAGUGGAGCUCAUGAGAUGCAGGCUGGAGACCCCUGCUUUAGAAUCUGGGUUAUAUUUAAAUAAAAGAUUGUUUGAUAACUAGUCCUCCCUGUGCCCGAGGAGAACCUGAGGAGGACCCGGUGUUUAGUGCCUUUAGAUCAUUCACAGCAUUAUUGAAUAUUAUUACAAAUGACACUUUAUGAACUCACCAUAUCCUAGCUCCUACCUCCUAUCUCCUAUCUCCUUUCCUUCCUCAGAGUAAACACUCCUUUAGUUUAAGCUCAGAGUUCAUCUGAGUUUGGGGUGUCCAAACCACAGCCUGCGGGCCCGAUACAGGGUGAGGCUUCUUGAUGAAAGGCCCCAUAGUAGUAACAGUAGUAACAGUAGUACGGUACUUUUUACUGCAGUUUAAUAAUUCUCCACUCCACCUCCACCUCGUUCCUCACUCACUAACAAUGGACAUGACAUUUAAAGUGCAUAUGACAAGUUGAAUCACUUAUUUUACUAAAAGUCAGUUAACAUUUUUUUGGUUUGAAGAUCUUUUUAGGUUUCAAAUUUUACUUUCUGGAUGGAAAUCAUCAUAUCACAUGGGAUAACUAUGUGGUACACCGGUGUUUUAACCUCUAGUGCACCUGUACAGAUUAUGAUUUGGCAAAUAAAAUAAGAUGAAAAUCAGAAAUAUCAGAUAAUAUCAGACAAGUUUUUUUUUUUUUUUUUAAACCUGUCAUACGCACUUUAAGAAUCCUGGGUCACAAACGAAGUGAACACAAAAUCAUAGCGCUGCUAAACCUGUCCAUCUGAAUAGUCAAAGGUUUCAAAGGUUUGGGUUUGGACACCCCUGGUCUUAAGUGAGCCGGGCCAAAGUGCAUAUGACAGGUUUUAAUAGUUUUUUUUCAUUCUGACUUGGUUUGGUGGGAUAGUACCUGUGGAAAAUCAUAGUUUUGCAUCAGUUAAGUGGAAGUCUGUGGAAAAAAAUACAAAAAUACAGAAAGUAGCAUAGAGUUGUAAAACAGGCCUACCCUUAUCAUCAACACAGAAAACCCCAUCCAAAAUGCAGAGACAAUUUAUGCACAAUGAAGACAUUUUUCUGACUGAUUUUUAAAUCUUUGUUUAACUAAUUAAAGGUGUUGUCAUUUAUUUUUAUUAGUCUAAUCAUAACUAUUAUAAUGAGUCUAACCUGUCACAUGAGCUUUAAAUGAGCCAGGUUGAACCAGACCAAAGUCAACCAUGUAAAGUCUUAAUAAACAAAUAUAAACUCAG